AUGACUGGACUCAUCACAGAUCAACAGGGUUCCUCAGCUCUUGAUUCUCAGGAUGAGGCAUCACUGUCGGAUUUGGGUGAUGAAAACGAGAUUAGAAUUGAGAGGGAUGAAAAUCAGAAUGGAUUAGCGGAAGGUGUAUUUCCGAUUGAUGACAUUGUUGAUGAUGUUGAGGAGAGUAUACGUGUUGAGAGGGCUGAUGGUCCGGAAAUUGGUGUGGAGGAGGAGGCAUCUUUCGAAGAAGGUGAAGAGAUUCGAAUUGAGAGACGACGGCGAACUGAUAAGUUCCCCUCUCCUGGAGGAGUCGCAGAACCCAAACCAGGAUCCGAAUCCGAGACUCUUGCAGAAGUAGAAGAAAAUGGGGAUGAGGAUGAUUCUAUAGCGACCCAAACGAUUCGUGUUGAGGUUGAGAAACGAGAUCUAUCGAAAGAGCAACAAGCUGAUCCUCUCAUCACGCCUGGGCCUAGUUUUCAACUUUCCUCACCAGGACGACAACAAACCGACUAUAAAUCUCUGGAUGGUGGAAUGGACGCUGGGGCUAAUGACCACAACGCAAUCCGCGUCCAAAAGAGAGAAACAUGGACAACACCUGACUACUUAACAUCGAUCUUCCCGCUUUUUAUCACCCUUGCUUGUUCGUGUCUGGUUUCUAGUGCGGCGCCGGGGGUGACGAGUAGUGUUACGGAGGUUAGGGAGAUGUGGAGUUUUGAGAGUACUACGUCGACGAAGAGUGAGGUGUAUAGGUUUACGGAACAUCCGAGUUGGUCGACUGUGUAUCGGACUGUGGCGUAG